AUGACUACUUCUGAAUUAACAAAUCUGCGAGGUUAUUUUGAUCAACAAGACCUUCAAAAAACUUGGAUGAACAUUGCCACCGAUAUCAAAAUUCGAAAAUACGAUCAAUUAGACAAUAUACCUGAAUUUCGUCAACUACCCAAUGAUUUUCAAAAUCAAAUCCGAUCUGAAACGAUUCCAUUGAAUGGCGAUUAUAAAUUCUUCGACAAUCAGCAAUAUCUCGAUCGUUUCUAUGCAAUGUUAGCGAUAAAACAAAAGGAGAAGUAUCUUGCUUUCUAUCAAGAAAAGAAACCCUCAGUCAAUACCCAGAUAUUACUGACUGGUAUUGGCAUUGGAAGUUUAUGUUUUAUUUAG